CUCGGAGAGGUCUGAUACGUGACGUCGCGCAUCUUCUUGUUUUGGUUUCUUUGGUUCCUAACAGGUCGUGAGUGCCCCAACCAGGCGUUUCAGAUCGGGUUGUCGGACUUACGGCGGCGGUAUUAUGUUCUCUGUCGAGCAGUGACUGUUGGCCACUUCCGGCGGCUGCUGAGUGAGUGUCACGAUGGCAGAUGGAUACAGUGAUGAUGAAGUCAUUCACCUGGCGAGUUUCAACGUUCACCGCAGCCAAGGCUCUCACUCACGUCUGAAGGAGCUCAUCACCAUUUCGGACGAUUCGGAUGAGGAACCGGUGGCUUCCAGACCUGCCGUUCCUGUUGUCGUCCCAGACGAUGAUGACGACGUCAGCAUCUUGGAGCAAAUUACUGCUCCUCGCCGACAUAUAAUUCGGCCAGCAGCGAAGUGGAGCCGGGCCAAUGCAGUUCCGUCUGUUGGACAAAGUAGCACGUCUUUUGGGGAGUCCAGCGCUCACCCUGGCUCCGCUGUGCCGUCUACCUCCAGCGAUGCCUCGGCAGUCCGGAUAUCAGUGGUCAUAGAGCCGCAGACGGGCCCUUCAUCGUCACAUGUUCAGACAAAAUCGGACUCUAAGUCUCAGCCACCAACAGCACAUUUACAAGUGGAGUUCCGGGCAAUAUCUUCUGUUCAAACUACCUCCACCGACUCUCAGGCCAAGCCCAUCUUAUCCGGAGCACCGGUGCAAGUGCCGACUCAGGCUGCUGGCACAGCUGGACUCGCUCCGCCGAUGGCGUUACACGCCGCCACCAGUGCGUCCUGCAGUGCUGCACUCUCCACAAAGACUCGAGAAGCCGCGGGUUUGGCCGCAGUUGGGCAAGACAAUCCUCCCUCCUGUCGUUCCACUCCACAUCUGCCCCAGACCAGCCGGACUUCACCCCCGCCCUCCACCAGUUUCCAGCCCCAGAAGGUCAAGCCAGAUGUCCAGCCCCAGCAGCCUGUACAAGCCUUCGCUGUCAUCACGGACCCGCAUCCCCGGCCCAUGUUCAGGCUGCAGGGCAACCUCAUUCAGAUCGAGCCGCGGCCCCUGGCCCAGGCCCCUGCCCAUGCUCCCCCCCAGGCCCCUCAAGCCCCUCACAUAUUGCAGCCUGCCGUGCUGAUAGCUGCAGCUCCAGAAAAGCUGGGCCCACCAGAGGCAGGUCACCGCAUCAUCCUCGGGAGUCAGGCGCCAGCGGGAACCGCUGCCAACCCUCCACGAGAAGCCAGCGCCAUCUUACCCCACCACCUCAAUACUGGAAUGCCUUAUCUGAAUCGUCCCACUCAGAUGGCCCCGGGGCUCAGUGGGGGAGCUCGUGCCAACCCAGAGGUAGUCCACCCAGCACCAGCACCCACUGCGGUGGUGCCCCCGCUUGAAGACCCCAGGCCCGGCCCAUCUGUGCCACGCGAGCGGCCGGAGCUGUCACAGCAUGUCAGAACCCUGGUCGCUGCCGUGCUGGACCUGUUCCCAGAUGCCCAGGAAGCCUAUGUAGCAGAGUUCAUCCAAAAGAGUAAUGUGAACGACUUGAAUGUUAUUUGUAAUGUGCUGCUGGAGAACCCGGAGUACCCCAAGAAGGACACGGUUGCAGCAGCUGCCACCAGCAUCCUCCUGGAGUCUGGAGACACGCCCCCCAAGGUGUCGGAGGACCUCUUUGACUUCACCAAGCUGGGCCUGGUGGAGCCAGAGGCCAUGAUGCAGGCUGCCGACUUGCUCAUGGCUGAUUUCCGAAUGAUCAGCUGUCAGGACAUCAAAUGGGCCCUCAAUGUAAUGAAGGGACACUAUGCAAUCACACGCAAGGCCUUAUGUGAAGCUCUGAAGAAGUGGCAAGACUCAGGCACCCCCUCAGGGAAGAGGCGACGGAGCAGGUCGUCCACCAAGUGCUGCUACAUCGACUUCCACUUCGAGCAAGGUUUGGUGAAGUUCCACAAGAGGAUGCAUUUCCUGGAGAAUGACCGGCGCUACUACAGGACGUACAACAACCUGGAAGCUUCCGUGCAGAAGGAGGUUUCCUUCUUCCAGCAGAAGACCAAGGAGUGGGCAGAGCACCAGGACUUCCUGUUGGCUCUGCAGGUCAAUGAGGAUGAGUACAAGAAGGACGGGCAGCUGAUCGAGUGUGGGUGCUGCUGUGGAGAGUUUGCCUUUGAGAAAAUGACGCAAUGCUCGGACGGUCACCUGUUCUGUAAAGAGUGCCUGAUCAAGUACGCUCAAGAGGCAGUGUUCGGCUCUGGAAGGUCGGAGCUGAGCUGCAUGCAGGGAGGCUGCCCGUGCUCCUUCCCUGUGUGUGAACUGGAGAAGGUUCUGCCUGAGAACAUCCUCUGCAAAUACUACGAGCGGCAGGCGGAGGAGGCCGUGGCUGCCACCUGUGCCGACGAGCUUGUGCGGUGUCCGUUCUGCAACUUCCCGGCCCUGCUGGACAAGCAGAUGUUCCUCUUCAGCUGCCCCAACCCUCGUUGUAGGAAGGAAAGCUGCAGGAAGUGCCAUGUCCAGUGGAACCAGCACGUGGGGAAGACCUGUGAGCAGGUUCUGGAGCGAGACGAGAUCCGCAUGAGAGUCCUCUUCGAGGAGCGCAUGACGGCGGCACGCGUCAGGAAGUGUGACAAGUGCGGCACCGGCCUCGUCAAGUCGGAGGGCUGCAACCGGAUGGGCUGCCGCUGCGGCCGCUCCAUGUGCUACCUGUGCAGGAAACCCAUCCACGGCUACGAGCACUUCUGCCAGCACGCCCGCUCCCCCGGGGCCCCCUGCCGCCACUGCCACAAGUGCUCGCUGUGGACAGACCCCACGCAAGAUGACGAGAGAAUCAUCCAGGAGAUCCAGAAGGAAGGGGAGGCGGAGCUGAAUAAGAAGUCAACAGAACCCUCGGCCAAGCGAGUGGGUCCCCCUCCUGAACCAGCUGUGGACGUCAAGAGGAAAUGCCAGGCCCCCCCAGCCAACAACGCUCCCAACCCAGCGCCUCGGCCCCCUCCUCAGGCCGUGCAGGCCCCGCUGUUUGUCCCACCACACGUCCACCGGCACCAACACGGCAUGAUCAUUCCGCAGUUGCCCCCGGCGCCAUACGUACCUCCCAUGCAGCACCUGCCCCCCCUCAACAACCCGCACCAUUACGACAACAACAACCCACAUGUCAAUCAGCGCUACAACAACAUGAACAUGCCCAUGCACUACGGGCCGCCUCUGCGCUACUACCGCCGCUUCUAACACAGGACCCUCCGACCCUGUGCUCUAAAGGCUCAUCCUUUUCCUUUUCAUCCAUCUCAUCUCUCAUCUUGUGUUCACCGUGUUAAUUGUUCCUGUGUGCGUUGACUCGAAGAAGCACUUCUUCUCGGUUGACGUCGCAUUGGUGGUGGUGGAAGACAUCAGUUCUCUUUUUACAGAUAUUUUUGGGUCGAAACUGAAAAUAAAGAUAUUAAUAAAGAUUGUUAGCCUUUCCUUCUGUAUCUCUUUGACAACAUGUUUUGUAAUAAAGCUUUCAGCCGGCUCAGAAA